AUGGAGGACAUGUACCAGAACUUGAGCUUCCUUGACCAGUGGAAGAACGGUUCUACAGACGAGACAUCAUUCAAAGUCACCGAAUUAUGGCUCCAGAAGACCUCAGGCAAGAUCUCGGCCAAGGGUCAGACCGUCGAGGCUGGGGGCAUCAACCGCUGGCUGUCUCAGCGAACCCGUGGCUUGGGUGAUCAAGAAGAGUCGGUCAUCCUGCGAGUCAUUUGGGCAGACGUCAGCGUCCAAGACAAGACCAUCAACAUAUCCGAGGCGGUUCGAGACGAGCUGCUCGACAAGUUGGGCCUCAAGCUCGCUCACGGCUACUCACGUUCCCUCAUUUCAGGCGUCACAGCAUUUCCGCCUCGCUCCUCGGACCCAGCCCUGGACAGCCGCGCAUACUCCAUCUGUUACAUCCCUAAACUUGCUGCGCUGUGGUCACAUACCCGCCCGACCAUGCCAGAUGGGCCGCCUCCCAUCACAAACUGCAUCAUGUUUGUCCAGAAAGAUGAAAAGGCGGGGCUGCAGCAGUGCCUCAACAUGACAUGGGAUCUGAAUAUUUGCCGCAAUCCCAUGUUUCCCGCUUUUGCCCUCGCCCUCCUCCUAGGCACUCAGAUUGACAAGUCCAACGGAGACAUCAAAGUCCAGAUCCGCAAGGUUGAAAAGCGCACGGGUUACUCGACGUUCACCAGCAGACAGGCCGACAAGCCGGCCGAGGAGGAGCUGGGCGAGCUGUCCGCCCAGACUAGCGGGAGUGCCGCCAAGCUUGCCAGCACGAUGAGGAAAACGAAGAGCCUGGAGAGAGUGCUGGACUGGAUCCUGAAGAUGAUUGCCGAAGAAGAAGGUCGCAUGCAGCAGAUCCAGACUCAACGCGGAGGGACCCUUGCUGGAGAGCAGUCCAUGCAAGAAGGAUGCGAUUUGCUCAAGGCCCAUGUGGACAUAGUCAGAGAACGGUCAAAGAAUCAGUUCCUGGACACCGAGUACACUCUCAAGAGGACCGAGGUCCAGGUGGACGCGCUCUUCAGCAUCAUCACCCAGCAAGACAGCCUCCGCAACCUUGCGCUCGCCCAAGACACCCACACAAUUGCCUAUCACAGCUAUCGGGACUCGUCGUCAAUGAAGACGCUCGCCGUCGUGACCAUGUUCUUCCUCCCCGGCAGCUUCAUCUCGGCCCUCUUCUCGACGGCGUGCUUCGACUGGGAUGCGGCAGACAAGCACGGCGGCGACAUUGGCGUUCGCCCGACGCCCCAGUUCAGGCUGUACUGGGCCAUCACGAUACCCCUCACCCUCAUUACGUUUACCCUGUACUUUCUCUGGCUGUGGAUCCAGAAACGCGACAGGGAUCGCAUCCUCGAGGACAAGGCGGCGCUGCGUCACGCCCAGAGCGAGAAGGAGCGGAACCUGGAGGAGGCCGAGGGGCACUACCUCUUGCGGAGGAGGCAGACCAUGGACCCGAGGCUGCAGACGCUGUACAGCACGUGGAAUACCAAGUAA